AUGCAAGUUUUAUUGAAAGCUCAGGUUUUGUUGUGGCUCUUGGUUGCCACCGCAUGGGGUAGAGACUUCCAAGGUGGUAACACUGUCGAUUGGGGUACUCAAAAUGUUGGUAAUGGAGAUGUCCACAUUCAUUCGGGAGCCAUUUGGUCUAUCAUCAACAAUGCUGCUUCAGAUUUCCAUGGAAACAUUCAGGUCGAUUCAAAUGCCGGUCUUUAUGUUUCCAGUGUCACUCCAAGUGUUGCUUUAUCUGCUACCUUAUAUGAUCUGAUCUAUGGAUUUGUCAACAAUGGUGUUGUCUCUUUCAACGCAAUCAAGGGUGCUCCUGGAUACUCAUUUUGGAUUAUGGGUAACAGGUUUGAGAACAACGGUGACUUGUUCUUUUCUGCUUCGGGUGAAGGUUCUGUUGCUAGUGGUAUUAAAGGGCUCGACUGGCACAACAAUGGGUUGAUCCAUAUUUAUCAAAAGAUGAAGAGUGAUAGUUAUGCUUACUUAGGUUACCAUGGUAAAACAGUUGUAAACAAUGGUCAAGUUUGUUUCACUAAUCAAAACUGGUACCAACUCUCUGGUAUGUUGGGAUCAGGUUGUGUUACUGCUCAAGGUAAAUCAUCGUUCUACUUUAUGAACACCGCUUUGAAGAUUUCAGAAGACGAAAUCUUGUACUUGACUAAUGGUGAAACUUCCAUCAUGGCUGUUGGAUCAAUCAAUGACCCCCAGACCUUCCACGUCAGAGGAUUUGGAACCGAUAAGAAUGGUAUUGCAAACAAGAUCGGUUUGACUGCAACUUUAUCAUCGCCUGUGUCAGGAAAAAGUCCAUGGUCUUACAAUGCAAGAGAUGGUAUUUUGACAUUGUACGUUGGAUUGUACACUCAAAACUUUGAAAUUGGUACUGGAUAUGACUUUACCAAGUUCCAAAUUGUCAGUGACACUAGUAGAGGAAUACCAGGAAUCUACUUGGGUGCAGUGCAAUACAACGGUCCACCACCAAACCCAGGUGUGCCAGCAGAGUGUAAGCCAUGUAAAUCAAUACCAGGUAUUCCAGGUAUCGAUAAGCCACCAGCAACAUCUUAUUCAAUUGAGACAGCCCCAAGCACAUCCACUAAACCAAUUUCAACCCCACCAAUUCCUCCUCAAACUUCCGGUGCCCCUGGCCUUAUCAAGACAGUCACUGUUUAUGCUACAGCCACAGUUACUGCCACCUCAACCUUCACCACCACUGGUACUGUAAGAGGAUGA